UCGGGGUUUUCACCGGUUGUUAUGAUGUCCCUGUCCGCCGCUGGCUGGCUUCCUCAUCCGCCCGGCCGCUGCAGGGACGUGACUCUGAGCGCUGCUUCCGAGGAGCGAUCAUCGUGCAGCAUGUGGUAAACUUUGGACCUUAUACGUAGUUGUUGUUGUUUUAUUGCGGAAGAGUGAAGGAAGUUGCGCCGCCGCCGCCGCCGCCGCUGUUGCUGGAAACGAAACUUUGAAGGCGCAGAUCGACCUCACUAUGUUUGACCAUCAGCCACCGGUUUAAGAAGAAAGGAUGGACGACGAGAGAAGUGACGGAGGCGAGCCGGAGGUGGAGGAUGAGUUUGCGUGCGCCGGGAUGCUGCGGGGAUCUCUGACGUCCCUGCACAGCACGGUGGAGCGGAUAUUCACGGUGACGUUCAGCAUCGGGGCGGACGAUUUGCCUCAGGGCAACAACGGCCAGAUAUGGCUGAAACUGCGAGGGCCGAGCUCCAACGUGAAAGCCGCCAAGUUAUUUGUGAAAGGAGUUGUGAACCAGGAGGAGCAACAGGAGGUUACGUAUCCUGAUGUCCUUCACUGCGUCUUCUGUGGAGCCAAAGGCCUGUUCAUGGACAGCCUGAUAAGAAGCACCUCAGCGCAUAUAGUGGUUGGCGCUACAGGAUUCCUGCUUAUAUCAGGUCUGGCGGAGCCGGUGGUCCGAGCCUACUCUCUUAUUACAGACCUGGUGGAGAGGUACAAGGGUACGCAGUCCAAGCGCCCUGGAGAUGGAGGCUCCGGUGAGUCCCUGGAUUCACGCCGGGCCUUCAAAGCUCUGGUGGAGAAAUGGGAAGACAGACACAUCUUGGAUCUACUUGUGCUGCCAGGAUCAGUGAAGGAAAUCCUGUUGGAUUUGGUGAAAGAAUCAGGGCUUGGAUCAAACCAUAGUCCAUCACUGACAGAUGUAAAUACAGGAGUAAGAUCACACGGGGAUUCAGAGGAUAGGUGGAAAAUACCCACUGCCAUAAAGCAAACAGUCCCUGAUCCUUCUAGCACUACUGAGCGAUGGGCUGAAGGGAUGGCUGCAGGUGCAGGAAAUGACUUUGCAAUCAAAGACUCCUUCCUCCAGGCUUUUUCCACGUCUGCAGGCACCAGAGGGAGGGCAGAGGGCGCCGAGGAAGGAGCCACACAUUUGCCACAGGAGGUAGGAGAGGAACAGCUGGGGCAAGUGGCAGCACUGGGGGAGGAAAAAGAACAGGAGAUGCAGCUGUCGAUGGGAAACAAGGAGUUUUGGCUUCUUUUGAAGUUCUUUACCGCCAUGGGGUACACAGAGGAAGUCGUGAACCGAGUCCUUGCCAGAACAGGACCUAAAGAGGCAUCACAGAUUCUGGAUUUGGUUCAACAGGAGCAGGAUCGCAGUGACAAAGAGCAGAAAGGUCAGAUUCUUCCAAACCAAAAGAGCCAAGAUGAUGUCAAUCUGAAUCAGUGGGAGAGGAACCGGCCGUGUGAGACAGAGCACCGAGAAGAUGGGUCAGAAACAACAGGAGGAGGUGCAGCCAUAAGUAACAAUGGAGAAAUGGAAGAAGCACGAGAGGGAGAAGAAGCGACUGGAGGUACAAGGCAUGUUCGGGAAAAAGGCAGCACCAACUUAAUGGAGACAGAAAAUGAGGAAGACUUUGUCCUGGGAGUGUUGAAAAAAGCGGCAGCCAGCUGUGGGUACACCGAGCAGAAUGUAACCAAACUCUACAACUUGCUGCCUGAGGGAUCCACUCACCAGCUGCUCCUGGAGCUGCAGAAAGAGGGAGUCAGAGAGGCCGAAGCCUUCAGGGAAGGACCGAGGGAGAUGGAUGAUGUGGUACUGGAGGCAGGCAGACCAAAAGUUGGACCAGCAGACAUUGAAAUGAGAAGAGAAAUUGAGUCUUUUAAACCUGCAGAAAAGAGAGAAUCAGAUGAGAAGGGUAAGGUAAUGAUGCCAAACCUUAUUGCACCUAAUGAGGAACUAGACCCUUGGAUUAAUAUACCCCAGCAGCAGCCUGUGACCCAGUACACCUCAAAACAAAAGCAACACAAACAGUCAAAGUCACAAACUCCUCAUAUCAUCCUACCUGAGGUCAAAGGGCCACCCAUGCCUACUUAUGCCUCAUCCAUGGAUCUCCAACUCACCAAUUUCCAAUCUAAUAAGCAACAAGCCCACAUCAAGCCUAAUUCAUCUCCUUCAAAACAAAAUCAUCACGCUCACAACAACCCUUCAAAGCACUCUUUUAAACAAACACUUCAAGGUCCUCAGCCUUCUGUCUCUGGCACAAAGGACUCGUCUCCCACCAGAGGGAGUGACAAACGAAGUUUCGUGUCUCCUCCUUCAGUGGUGGUGACAGGAGAGCAGCGAUUCCUGGAGAGCCUGCAGAUCCCCUUUGAACUCAAGCUGACAGACAAGCCUGGAGACCCGACACUGAGGGCGAUCAUUAUUGACGGGAGUAACGUGGCUAUGAGUCACGGGCUCGGCCAUUUCUUCUCAUGUAGAGGAAUUGCUCUGGCUGUCCAGCACUUUUGGGACAGAGGCCAUCGUCAGAUUAGCACCCUAAUCCCACAGUGGAGGCAAAAAAGUGACCCCAGGAUCAAAGAGAAGCACUAUCUGACAGAGCUGCAGAACCUGGGCCUGCUCUCCUACACCCCCUCCAGAGAGUUCCAAGGCAAGAGGAUCACCUCGUAUGAUGACAGACUAAUACUGAAGCAUGCACAGAAGACAGAUGGUGUGAUCGUGACCAACGACAACCUGAGAGACCUCUCGGAUGAGUCUCCUGUAUGGAGGGACAUCAUCAAAAAGAGACUUCUUCAGUAUACAUUUGUCGGGGAUCACUUCAUGGUCCCUGACGACCCUCUUGGAAGAGGAGGACCUCACCUGGAUGACUUCCUGCGUUCAGAGCACAGGAGUCCCAAUCCAGGAAACCACUCUUUUGCCGGUUCGGCCUCCUCUUUCCCUUCCUCCAAACAGCCGCGCUCCCAAACAGAGGUCUUCAACUUCCGUGACCGGACGCUAGGGGGCACACUGGAUGCUUUGGGCAGAGGCGGUCGGGGUAGAGGGAGAGGGCACGGAAAGGGAUUGGACACGGGACAGAAGGACAGGCAGUACGAGGCUGCAGGUCAUGGCCUUGGGGUCAGGGCCGAGAGGAGUCCCAAAGAAACAGCCAUCCUGAGAGAGCAGCUCUGUCAGAUUUUCCCUAAUCAGGACAACAUGGUGACGCUGGUGCUGCAGUGCCACUCAGCAGAGACGGACAUCAACGUGCUGUCUGACCUGAUCUUGGAGCAGCAAAAAGACUAGGAAUCUUUUAGUUUUAGUGGUGUAAUCUUUAAUUUUCUUGCUGAAUUUUGCUGAUUUAAUUAUUUUACUUGUGUGACAAUAGACUGUAUGUAAAAGAUGGAUUUAGGAACUGUGACAUCACACAUUGGUUUAUGGUUUUUACUUUAAUCUGACACCAUGACAGUGAAGUGGAUUUAGCUUUUUGAAGAGAAAAAUGACGAUAUACACUCAUAUAGUAAUGACUUUUCAAGAAAAGGCUGGCCACACACUAAAUCAUGUACCGUUGCAUCAUCUAUUACUUUAAAUGCACACAAAAUUAACAUCAUGCUGUGUUUAAACUAAUAAUUAAUAUCAUAUCUUGACCAAAAAUUAUUUAGCUCUCAAAUCAAAUGAGGAGUGAUGGGAAAUAACCAGAGCUGCAGCUGAUCGUUAAAAAGAAUGCUUCAGUUUUUAAAUUCAAAGGCCACAUCCAUCUUUUAAAUGCCAUCUGUGUGUGUGUGUGUGUGUGUGUGUGUGUGUGUGUGUGUGUGUGUGUGUGUG